ACAUCAGACCCCACACUAGCAAUUACCAACCUCUCCAACACAAAAUGCCUCCGAAGAAACGCUCUCGCGCAAGCAGAGCUUCAAAGCUAUUAGUAGAGCUAGAUCUAACACCCGAAGAGGAAGAAGAGGUCGCAGAGGUGUGGUCAAUGUACGUUGACGGGGACGCCUCAGAGGACAUUGGUGAAGAAGUGAUUGCCGCAAAGGACGUUAGGAGAGUCUUGAUGGGCAUGGGAUUCGAGUCUUCAAAAGAGGAAAUGAACGAGAUACUCGAAAUUGUCGACCCGGAUGACGAGGGCUGGGUCACCUAUGAGAGGUUCCUACCGGUUGCGUCGUUGAAGUUGAAAGAUAGAGACGUCCAUCAAGAAGCCGAGAAAGCAUUCCAAAUAUUUACUGCCGGCCAACCCGGCCCUAUCACUAUGGAGCACUUGAGGCGUGUUGCUGAGCGACUCAAAGAAGAUGUUACGGAUGAUCAGUUAAGGGAGAUGCUCGCGGUAGCCUGCACAAAGGAGAUCAGUAGAGGCGUGGACCUGAAUGAUUUCCAAGCGGUAAUGAAGCGGGCUGGUGUCUUAUGAUAAACUAUUAUGCUAUGCUCUGGGGAUUUCUGUUUUAUAGGAGACGUCUAAUCUUGGGGAGUUACGGUUUAUCCACAUUAUAUUCAUUCGUCGUAAUCAAGAGCUGAGAGGUGUCUAUUUCGCUCUCAAAUCUGGAA